AUGACCCAAAACAUGCUGCAAAAGCGACCCAAGGGCUGCUUACGGGUGAAGAUGCCUUUUCACCAUGUGAGAGCAGGGCUGCUGUACACAGACAACUUCCUGACCCACUCACUCUCUGAGAUCAGUGAGGAACAGUUAUCCCACAUCUCCACCGAAGAGCUUGAUGAGAUUCGGGAGGCAUUCCAGGUGCUGGACAGGGAUGGGAAUGGUUUCAUCUCAAAACAGGAGCUGGGCGUGGCCAUGCGCUCACUAGGUUAUAUGCCUAGCGAGGUGGAGCUAGCUAUCAUUAUGCAACGCCUGGACAUGGAUGGUGAUGGACAGGUGGAUUUUGACGAGUUUGUGACGAUACUUGGACCUAAGCUCCUCUCGUCUGACACCAGAGAAGGCUUUCUCGGCAGCACUAUUGACAGCAUCUUCUGGCAGGUGUGGCCUAUGUGUCUGUUAGUCCCUGUGGAGUAG